UUUAGACUCCCGGGUAUAGUUGGAUGCAUAGACUGUACCCAUGUGGCAAUAGUCAAGCCAUCAGAUGAUGAACACCUAUUUUUUUAUCGGAAAGGGUAUCAUUCAUUGAAUGUACAAAUGGUAUGCGACAGUAAUUUAAAAAUUACUAAUGUAAAUCCAAAGUUUGGCGGAGCUACACAUGACUCUUUCAUAUGGGCAUCUAGCAGAAUGGAAACAUUUAUGAGAGAAUUGCACCAAAAUGGAGAACAAGUGUGGUUAUUAGGUGAUUCUGGAUAUCCUCAGCGGCCAUGGCUGAUGACUCCUAUAUUAAAUACAAUUCCUGGCUCUGUUGAAGAUACAUAUACUCAGCGACAUGUACAAGCAAGGAACUGUAUAGAACGCUGUUUUGGAUUGCUCAAGUCACGUUGGAGGUGUUUAUUAAGACACAGGACCUUGCAUUAUCAUCCUGUGGUUGCUGGGAAAAUUGUACUUGCCUGUUGUGUGUUACACAAUAUGGCUUUAGAGGCCAAUUUACCUUCUCCAUCUAUUAUGGAAGUAGAAGAAGAUGAUGCUCAACCUGAGAAUGCAUCUAAUAGUGUUGGUGCUGCUAGUAGUCAAAGUGAGCUACUCCAAGGCAGGGCAGUACUGAAUAAUCUUUUAUCCAGACUUUAAUUCAUGAGUAUAAUUUUAAGUAGUUGUAAUAGUUAAAGUAUUACUUAGUUGUUAGUGUGUAAUGGUCUAGGUGUAAGUGAUUUGUGAAAGUAAUAAUAUAACAAAACCUCAUUUCCAAGUUGAAGGUAUAACAAGGUUCUUAUUUUCUGUCAAAUAUGUUUCAUUAAUAUUAAUAUACACUAUGCAUAUUUUAUUGUUCAAUUAAUUUUAUAUUAGUAAGUAGUAGUUAUAAUUUUGUUUAUGUAGUUU